GACGCGCGCCGCAGUGCGAGCCUCAGACGCGCGGGCGGGAGGGAGGGACCGUGCAGGGACAGCGGACUAGGGCAGCGGGACCGGCGACAGCUGAGCUUCGGGGUCUUGGGCAGUAGCGCCCCGGCGGGGCGGUGGGCGCGAAGCGAAAACGAAUUUCUGUGAUACUCUCCAGUGAAACCCAUUACCUUUGUUUGCUGAAGGCUCUGAUCAAGGCUGCUCUCAGCUGUUGACAUCAUCCCACGACAAGGAGGACAUCAGAAAUCAUUGGGACCCAGUGGACCUUCUGGAGAGCAAUGCUAAGACAACCUUCUUCUUGAAGAAUUUAAAAAAGUACCUCUUCAGGUAAGAAGACCUACUUCAAAGCUCGCUGCAUGAGAAAUUAUUUAAACGUGGCACACAAAUCUGUGAAAGAAGAAAAGGAAAUUCUCUGUGUGGGUCUCAGCAGGAGUAAAGAUGGUGCAGCCUAAAAUAAUGCUGAAAAAGAAGCAUUCAUCUGCAGGGAGGGCGCCCCUGAUCCUCUUCCUGUGCCAGAUGGUUAACGCCCUGGAUGUACCUCUUGAUCAUGGGGAAAAAGCAAAGCUUCUUGAUGACUUGGUGCAGCCUCCAACCAUCACUCAACAAUCACCAAAAAACUACAUUAUUGAUCCUCGGGAGAAUAUUGUAAUCCAGUGUGAGGCCAAAGGGAAACCUCCUCCAAGCUUUUCCUGGACUCGUAAUGGAACUCAUUUUGACAUAGACAAAGACCCUCUGGUCACUAUGAAGCAUGGCUCAGGAACACUCAUCAUCAACAUCAUGGCUGAAGGAAAAGCAGAGACGUAUGAGGGAGUGUACCAAUGCACAGCAAGGAACGAGCGCGGAGCUGCUGUCUCUAACAGCAUUGUUGUCCGCCCGUCUAGGUCGCCCUUGUGGACCAAAGAAAGACUUGAACCAAUAAUACUUCGAAAUGGUCAGUCAUUGGUGCUUCCCUGUAGACCUCCAAUUGGAUUACCACCAGCCAUAAUAUUUUGGAUGGAUAAUUCUUUUCAAAGACUUCCACAGAGUGAGCGGGUUUCCCAAGGCCUGAAUGGGGACCUUUAUUUCUCCAAUGUCCUCCCAGAGGACACCCGUGAAGACUAUAUCUGCUAUGCCAGAUUUAAUCACACUCAAACCAUACAACAAAAGCAACCUAUUUCUUUGAAGGUGAUUUCAGUGGAUGAAUUGAAUGACACUAUAGCUGCUAAUUUGAGUGACACUGAGUUUUAUGGGGCUAAAUCUAGUAAAGAGAGGUCACCAACAUUUCUAACUCCAGAGGGCAAUGAAAGCGUCAAAGAGGAAUUAAGAGGAAACACACUUUCACUAGAGUGCAUUGCAGAAGGACUACCUACUCCAAUCAUUUAUUGGAUCAAAGAAGACGGAACGCUUCCUGUCAACCGGACAUUUUACCGGAACUUUAAGAAAACCUUGCAGAUCACUCAUGUUUCUGAAGCAGACUCCGGAAAUUAUCAGUGCAUAGCAAAAAAUACACUAGGAGCCAUCCAUCAUACUAUUUCUGUCACAGUUAAAGCGGCUCCAUACUGGAUUGUGGCACCUCAAAACCUCGUGCUAUCCCCAGGAGAGAAUGGGACCCUGGUCUGCAGAGCAAAUGGCAACCCCAAACCCAGAAUUGGCUGGUUAACAAAUGGUGUCCCAAUAGAAAUUGCUCCUGAUGAUCCCAGCAGAAAAAUAGAUGGCGAUACCAUUAUUUUUUCAAAUGUUCAAGAAAGAUCAAGUGCGGUUUAUCAGUGCAAUGCCUCUAAUGAAUAUGGAUAUUUACUAGCAAAUGCAUUUGUAAAUGUGCUCGCUGAACCGCCUCGGAUUCUCACAUCUCCAAACACGUUGUACCAGAUCAUUGCAAACAGGCCUGCUUUGCUAGACUGUGCCUUCUUUGGGUCUCCUCUGCCUACGAUUGAGUGGUUUAAAGGAACGAGGGGAAGCGCUCUUCACGAAGACAUUUAUGUUUUACAUGAUAAUGGAACACUAGAAAUUCCUGUGGCCCAAAAGGAUAGUACAGGGACCUAUACAUGUGUCGCAAGGAACAAAUUAGGGAUGGCAAAGAAUGAAGUUCACUUGGAAAUAAAAGAUCCAACAAGAAUCAUUAAACAGCCCGAAUAUGCGGUCGUGCAGAGGGGGAGCAAAGUGUCCUUCGAAUGCAAAGUGAAACACGACCAGACCUUAAUCCCCACCAUCCUGUGGCUAAAGGACAACGGAGAGCUGCCCAAUGAUGAAAGGUUCUCUAUUGACAAGGAUCACCUGGUGGUAACUGAUGUAAGCGAUGGUGAUGGUGGGAUCUACACAUGUGCAGCCAACACCACACUGGACAGUGUUUCUGCCAGUGCUGUGCUCAGGGUUGUUGCUCCUACUCCAACUCCAGCCCCCAUUUACGAUGUCCCAAAUCCUCCCUUUGAUUUAGAAUUGACUAAUCAACUUGACAAAAGUAUUCAGCUGACAUGGACCCCAGGCGAUGACAACAAUAGCCCCAUUACAAAAUUCAUCAUUGAAUAUGAAGAUGCAAUGCAUGAGGCAGGAUUAUGGCACCACCAGGCUGAAGUUUCUGGAACUCAGACUACAGCCCAACUGAAGCUGUCUCCAUAUGUGAACUACUCCUUCCGAGUCAUGGCGGAGAACAACAUUGGGAGGAGUGUGCCCAGCGAGGCAUCUGAGCAGUAUCUUACAAAAGCUGCAGAACCAGAUCAGAAUCCCACAGCUGUGGAAGGACUAGGAACAGAGCCUGACAACUUGGUGAUUACAUGGAAGCCCUUGAAUGGUUUUGAAUCGAAUGGGCCUGGCCUCCAGUACAAAGUGAGCUGGCGCCAGAAAGAUGGUGAUGAUGAAUGGACGUCUGUGGUUGUGGCCAAUGUUUCCAAAUACAUUGUCUCUGGCACACCAACCUUUGUCCCAUACCUGAUAAAAGUUCAAGCCCUGAAUGAUGUGGGGUUUGCUCCAGAGCCGGCUGCAGUCCUGGGGCAUUCCGGAGAAGACCUUCCAAUGGUGGCUCCUGGAAAUGUGCGUGUCAUUGUGGUGAACAGUACCUUGGCAGAAGUACACUGGGACCCAGUACCUCUGAAGAGCGUCCGAGGACACUUACAAGGCUACCGGAUUUACUACUGGAAGGCACAGAGCUCAUCUAAAAGAAAUAGACGCCACAUUGAGAAGAAGAUCCUCACCUUCCAGGGCAGCAAGACUCACGGCAUGCUUCCAGGGCUGCAACCAUACAGUCACUAUGCACUCAAUGUCCGAGUGAUCAAUGGGAAAGGGGAAGGCCCAGCCAGCACUGACAAAAGCUUCCAUACUCCAGAGGGAGUCCCUAGUGCUCCCUCAAAUUUGAAAAUUGUCAAUCCUACACUGGACUCUCUCACUUUGGAAUGGGACCCACCAAGCCAGCCAAAUGGCAUCCUGACUGAGUAUGUCUUAAAAUAUCAGCCAAUUAACAGCACACAUGAACUAGGCCCUCUGGUAGAUUUAAAAAUUCCUGCCAACAAGACACGCUGGACUUUAAAAAAUUUAAAUUUCAGCACUCGGUAUAAGUUUUAUUUCUAUGCACAAACAUCUGUGGGAUCAGGCAGUCAGAUUACAGAGGAAGCAGUUACAACUGUGGAUGAAGGUAAGAUGGCUGGUAUUCUUCCGCCUGAUGUAGGUGCAGGCAAAGUCCGAGCAGUAAAUCCCAGGAUCAGCAAUCUCACUGCUGCAGCUGCUGAGACGUAUGCCAAUAUCAGUUGGGAAUAUGAGGGACCAGAGCAUGUGAAGUUUUAUGUUGAAUAUGGUGUAGCAGGCAGCAAAGAAGAAUGGAGGAAAGAAAUUGUAAAUGGUUCUCGAAGCUUCUUUGGGUUAAAGGGUCUAAUGCCAGGAACAGCAUACAAAGUUCGAGUUGGUGCUGAGGGGGACUCUGGUUUUGUGAGUUCAGAGGAUGUGUUUGAGACAGGACCAGCAAUGGCAAGCCGGCAAGUGGAUAUUGCAACCCAGGGCUGGUUCAUAGGUCUAAUGUGUGCUGUUGCCCUCCUCAUCUUAAUUUUGCUCAUCGUUUGUUUCAUCAGAAGAAACAAGGGUGGAAAAUAUCCAGUUAAAGAAAAAGAGGAUGCUCAUGCAGACCCCGAAAUCCAGCCCAUGAAGGAAGAUGAUGGAACAUUUGGAGAAUACAGUGAUGCAGAAGAUCACAAGCCUUUAAAAAAAGGAAGUCGAACACCUUCAGACAGGACUGUGAAAAAAGAAGAUAGUGAUGACAGCCUUGUUGACUAUGGAGAAGGGGUGAAUGGUCAAUUCAAUGAGGAUGGCUCCUUUAUUGGACAAUACAGUGGUAAGAAAGAGAAAGAACCAGCAGAAGGAAAUGAAAGCUCAGAGGCUCCUUCUCCUGUCAAUGCCAUGAACUCCUUUGUUUAAGUCUUGAAGCACAGAGUGUCCCAUUUCUCUGGAAUGUGUUUCCUCAGUAUUUGUCAUCCCUCUCAUACUAUGCACAUAUGGGUAGAAAGAAUGUUUUCUGCUGUAUGUGAGUAUUAUGAGAACAGAUCAAGAACAUAACUCAAUCAAAUGAUACAUUAUUAUGACCUGGGGUGCAAAGUGCACACUUUUUGUUCAAAGUCGGUUUUCUCAAUUUUCUAAUUAAAAGAAAAACUGAUUAAAAGAAACUGAUUAAAAGAACUGAUUAAAAGAAAAAUACAACAUCAUCAAUAGAUCACAUUAUUCCCUGUGCGGGAUACAGUUCAAUAAGAUGCAUGAAACAUGCUACAUAGAGGACACCCCUGUGUAUAUGAUUGCGACGUGGUGGGUACUUUGUUGACACUCUUCAGCUGAACCCUAAAUAUGAAUUCCGUUGUCAUUGUGGAGAGUGUUACUGUAGUGUUCUCUAGAGCUUCAGUGUCUCUGUGGACGUUGUUGUGGAACUCGUGACUAUGUCUAGCUGUUGUUAGUCUUUUGGGGAGACUGUUUAGGAACAGUAUGUACAGUAUAUACUUGCUACAUGAGUUAGUCAUGACAGCUGCCUCUGCUAAUGCUCACUGAGACUCUGGCACCUGUUCUUUGCUCCUGUUACUUCCUAGGCUUCUUGACUUCCGGUGUUGCAGCAGCAGGUUUCUGCUUCUUACACUGUCUCUGUGGUCAGUCCUUUGGGGGCAUAAACAUUGUGUAUUGUGACACCUUCUGGCAUUUGUGCCAUACUGAAAAAGUUGAAGACAAAGCUCUCAAGUGAAAUUUCAAAUUUUAGUCCAGAAAAUGCAGGGCAAGACACACGCAGUGCCUUCAGAUAAUAAGUAUUCCCUGACUCCUGCACUAUGUAUUGGGUGGUUUGGGCAGCUCCAUCGUGUGCCACUGUUGUUGUUGGAGACAACUCUUCAAAGACAGAGAUAAUUAUCACCAAAAUGCUGAAAAUUGUGAAAAUAAAAGCAUGUUUAUCUGAAGGGGCUUUCCCUUUUAAGCAUCAAGCACAAACCUUUGUCAUUGGCUGGAGUCAAUGCCAUUGGGUAAUUUUGUGGUCUUUUGUGGUUUCUAGUCAAACAAGUCAUACUGAAAAAGAAAAAUGCUAUGGUUGGAACUGGAUAGAAAAAGAAAUGAUUGCAGAAGUAAAAGCAUACAACAGCAUGCCAAUAGCACUAAAUUAUUCACUAUGUGUAUCCAAAUUACAACUCAUCUGAGAAGUCUGACAAGCGCUUACUUAAGCCAGCAGUUAAAGGGAUUACACCUACAGUCUAAGGAAUAAAUACAUAUGUCCUAUCAUAGCCGUAGACAAUGUGUAUGAAAUGGCUUACCUUCUGUUUAAAAAUCUAUGACAACCUAUGGUUGAAGGAAUGCUCAAUUUCAUUUGCCAAUAAAUUGGUUUCUCAUAACUUGCAUCAAGUUUAAUUUUAAGUAAAGCUUUUUAUAUGUAGAUAUUCUGUUGAAUUUGUAAAUAUACUUAAAGUGUAGAAGCUAUAUGCUUAUAGGUGUUACGUGCAAAUAAAUAUGCAAGCAAUGUUUAUGUUCUGCUGUGAGAAGUAAGCUCAUUAACUAAUGCAGUGUGUGGGAGCAGAAAACAUCCAAAUUCCUUCUGUGAUUUUUUUUCACCCUUCUUUUUGCUGUGAAACUGAAAUAGUAAACUUUUUUACCCAUUGUUUCAACCUGUUUCUGGCUGGAAUCCUUAGUGUUUUGCAGGAUUUGUCACCUGGCAUCUUUGAUGUAUACAGGUAAAGCUUGUUUUAAAGUGAUCACCAAAUGAGGUGACUCUAAAUAUUCUCAUGCCUUCAUAUUUACUCUCCACAAACCAGUCUAUCUAUUGGAAAUAUGAAAUAAUAAGACAGGCUUGCUUUGCCAUCAGAAAGCACAAAGACAAAAGUUUUAUUUUUUUUCAAUUUGUCAAAGUUUUCAGAGAAAAAUAAAUUAAUGUGCAGUUUCUGCUUGUCCACAGUCACGGAUGCUAAAUUUCUCUGUGCAUGAAGAAGUCAUUUCUGUAGAUUACUACACAUUUUGCACUAAAAAUUAAAAAUUAAAUGCUCUUAAAGUCCCUCCCUCUUUUGUACUUGAUCAUGUUCUAAGUGAAGCAUGAAUGUCCAGGUGUAAUGAUCUGUGUGGCAGGGCAGGAACAUGCCACUUGAUUUCCAUCCAAAAGUUACUAUUAAACAGUCAUGAUCUAUUGAGUUUUAGCUUCUUCAAACCUGUACUUCCAAAGAUUUUGAAGAAAUUUUGACUUUUUGAUUCAUUUUUAAAAGUCUUGGGACAUCACAAAACUAAACAGAUAUUACUAAGAUAACACAAUCAAGAACAUUUUAAUGAAAGGUUAGGGACUAGCUAAGCAGGAAGGGAUAACACCAGUCUUUUGAAAACAGAAGAAAUCAAGUUCUGUGGUUUUUUUCUACAAAAAAAGCUCAAUUGCCCCAUCUGUGAUGACUAGUCCAUUCCACCAUCACAGACCUUCUCCCUCCUCAGCCACCGUCAGUUUGUAUUUCUUAACAUGGCUGCUUGAUGAGGGAGUUUGAAUACUUAUACAUGUUACAAAUACAUCAUUCACUUCCUUCUCUUCACUUUCUUUCUUCUGUCCCCAAGCUGUAUAACUAUGUAUAACAGCCCAAGGCACACAAGUAUCCACAUCCUGUCAGCUGCCCCUGGUCCCAGCACUACACCCACGAGACCUACCUGCCUUGCCUUCUCAGAUUUAACUAACAUGUUAUAAAAGUGAACUGAAGAUGCCAGCAGAGCUCAGUAUUCCUCCCAUAGAUGGUGUGUUGGCUGCUCGCUGGGACCCUCUUUUCUUCCUCCUCACAAUGGGCCAGAGUAACAAACCUCAGCCUCACUCUACAUCAUGGCAUGGCUCUGUGACAACAUAAUCGUGACCUCAAAAAGAUUUGUUAUCUAUAAACUGUCUUGUUUAGUUGGGUUUAAUGGCUUUUGAGGUGAGGGGAGUCUAGGAACUCAGAUUCUCACCCACAGAAUGAAUCUCUCCCACUUGAGACAUUUCUGCAGUUGACCAACAGAGGGCACAUGUGUUUUAUUCUGCACAGAAAAAAACAUGCCUUCUCUCUUUGCAUAAUUAAACGGUAACCUGGUGAUGUAGAAAAUGAUCACCUUCUCCCCCUAGGGAAAUGGGAUUGCAUCGCUUCCUAGUUAGUUCACAAUUUCUGGAAUGUAAGCGUGAGGUAUGUGAGCCUUUUGCAUAGUUUCUUUCUUGAUUGGGUCUAGGUGGGUCAGAGAAAGAGUUGCCUGCAGCCCACUGGCCAUAUUUGUCAGGGAUAUGUGUUUGUAUGAUGAUAAGGGAAGGGAGUCCUUAAAAUGGCUUCAUCUCCUUUCUUUCAGGAUACUAUUUUUGUCUGCCACCAAUCGCUUGAUAUUUUGUUAUUGAACAGAACAUACACAAAAGUAGUUUAAAUACCACUCACAGCUCAUAUGAUUUACUUACGAGAAGGAGAAGGAAAAGCAGAGACCAUGAUUGCAGUAUUUGUACUGAACAAAUACUCAAUGGGGUGCAAAGAUCAGUGGCCCAGAGAGAAGUAAGGAUCAUAUUCCAGCUCCACCAUCAUAUAGCUGUGUGACCCUGAAGGAAUACCUCCUCUCACCAUUCCACACCUGUUUGCUCAGUGAGACAAUGAUGGGGCCGAUAGCAUCUAAUAUGCCUUUCUACUUUAAUCCUGUGGGUCCUAACAAUGGAACAAAAUAAUCUGAGCACUUGCUUAAAGCCAGGAAGAAACAUAAACAAAACCAGGUGUGAAUCCUGCUCCCAUGGGGCCUGGAGCCUAGUGUAUGCAGACAGGUAUAAUCAGAUGACUGCCAGGAUGGGCACAAAUCCUUAUUUAAUGUGAGAGGUUGAAAGGGAAAUCAUGAACAAAUGAUAGUUCUAUCCUGCUUGGACAUGGUGGUCAGGAAAGUGGCCCCAAGGAAAGAAAUGUGAGCUGAAAGGUGAAAGGAAAAACAAUAGAAAAGCAAGGGGAUAAAGCUGGCAACAGCAAGGCCCUCUUUGGAAGACCAGUUAACAGGAGCUGGUUGUCACUGCAAAGCAGGAGAGCUGUGUUGAGGUGAAAGAUCAUUGCAAGAAUGAAAGCAGGGUGUUUUUACCUGGGUCUGGAUGCCUCCUCCCUGACAGAUGCCACCCCUCAGUCAUCCAUGCCCCUGAUUUUCUGGCUAUCUACUGACAUUCAAAUAGUUCAAGUGUCUCAGAAACAAACAGAGUUUUGCAUUAGUCUCCAUACACCUUCAGUUAUCAGCUGUCCUCCACUUCAUAGUCAAAUGGUUGAAAUAAUAGCAACAAAAUUAUAUGAGGAUAAUUUAAAAGCCACCGCUUUUGUUCCUUCUGUGGCUCUAAGUGGGUCCUGUAGACAGUGUCUUUCCUCAGCUCUAAGUGUGUGGCUUAUUAUCUCAGUGAAUGACUUAGCAACAAAGAGAGCUUUUUUUUCAUCAGACAUUAUCAGCUGGAUCAUUGAAAUCACCUAUUAAAAGUCCAAUGCCUACUCACCCAGGCCCACAAACUCUCUUAUUUUCAUUAUUUGAACUGUGGCUUGACCAUCACUAGAAACAGUCCCAGAUGAUUAAUGUGUAGCAAAAGCAGUAACUGAUGUUGACAAGCUUAUCCUCUAGUCAAGGAACCGUAUUUUAAAUAGAUUCUUCAAGACAGCCCAAGGGUGGAUCUCAAAUUCUCUUAUAUUCCCCACAUAAAAUGAGUCUAGAGAGAACAGGCCCUCAUAUAUUUCUGGUAGAAAUAUAAAAUGGUACAGCCACAUUGAAAAAUAAUUUAGAAAUUUCUGUAAAUAUUGAACAUAAAUUUACUGAGACCCAUAAGUCUAAACUCAAAAAAAAAAUGAAAACCUCCAGCUAGCCACAGACUUGCACAUAUGUGUUCAGAAAACAUCAAUCACAACAGCUAGAAAAUGACCCCAGUGGCCAUGAGCAGAUGAACAGCUUAACAAAAUGAGUAUAUCAUAUGAAUACAUGGUAUAGCUAGCUACACAGUCAGAGGAAAUACUUCUUGGCAAGUUAUAUAAAGGAUUGAUGUAUACAAAAAUGUGAAGGCUCCCCCAAAACAUCAAAUUUUAAAAAUCAGGCACAAAGUCUACUGUUCUAAUUUACUUGAAAUGUAAAAAAAAAAAAAAAAGGCACACCAGUGAAAACCUGAGGUAGAUUGAUGUCUGGGGCUGAAGGAUAUGGAGGCAAGGAUUGACUUCAAAUUAGUGUGAGAGUGCUUCCUAAAGUACUAUAAAUUUUUAAGUUUUAUAGUCAAAAGAAGUGAAUUAUGGUAUCAGGUGCCAUCUUAGUAAAGCUUAUAUUUGUCUGAAGGGUGAAUAGAGUUAUGUACAAAUGAUGUUUGGGAUGAGUACAGCCCCACACCAUGGACACAUCAUCUCCUGUUUCCUCAAGGAUGCUGCAAAGCCAUCAACUCCAGGUGUCCCCUAGAAUAGCACCAUCACUUGUUAGAAUCACAUUGUUGGCCUGCCUCAUUUGGAGGAAUAGAAAUGAAUUAGCUUCGACAUUAAAGGAACUUCAUAACGGAAAAAAAAAUUUCAAAUACUUCAAAUGCUUAUAAUAGAUGAGUGGCUAGACAAAUUUUAAAAAUGUGUGCCACUUUUAGACCAUGAAUCAAUCAACA